AAAUACAAUACUUAUUGUACGUUGAUCAAAAUUCUCUGAAAAAUGGGGAGUUGUGUAAAAAAGUGUGGUGACUCAUCCUCUAAGACGACUACUUCUGGUUCGGCCAAAAAGUCGAAGUGCACGUCAAGUAAACUGGAAAAUAAACGCUGCAAAGGAAUGACUGACGCGGAAGGGGGCGGACGAAAUCCUUUCCUCAGAUUUCUGGUACACUUCAAGAGGUGCAACAAGGAGAAACUCUGCAAUCUGCGACAAACUCAAAUAGUGCUGAGUGCCGGCCAGAAGUGGAAACUCAUGAGCUAUGAGGAGAAGUCGCCCUACGUUCAGGCGGCGCGUGCAGCGAAGUACACGUUUUGGACGCGGAGCAAGGACGGCAAUAGGAUUCUGAGGAGGUUGCCUCAAACUGCAGGAGGUGCAGAGCCGCAGAUGCAAGACAACUUUAAGUUGAUUGGUGAUCUGGCCUCCUGGCGGCGAAACGUUCUGGAUGAGCUGCUUGGCGUGCAGGACGAUGGUGAUAAAGAGUAGUAUACGAAUUUCGGAAUAUUUUGCUAUAAUAGAAAUCGAGAUAAUUUGUACUGUA